CCCCCCCCCCCCCGUCGACUCCUUUUUCACAUGCUUGUAGAGCUUAACUGACUCCCACCUGCUGCUAUAUACAUACCGUCUCGCAGACUUUUUCACGAUUGGGUAACGGUUGCGCUUGCCAUUGUCUGUGCACGCGUCGGCCACCCUUCUCAAUGUAUCUUGGGAGUUUAACAGAGAUCAAGUUGUUGGGUCGCUGAUUGUUGUGUCGCAGUCGUGAUUGUAGGUUGUUCAGGGAUCCUCGUGGGUGUUCUGGUGGUCGAUCGACUUAAUUGCGUGGUGACUAAGGAUUAUGGUUCUCGUCUGGUAGUUGAUAGUACGUUUGUAGUUCGUUGAGGUUGAAAGAUAAACGUGAUUUUGGAUUCCUUUGCGUCCAAAACUGGUGGGAUCCUCCAGGAGCCUUUUCGUACCCCAAAUAUUAGGGUCGCAAGGUGUUUGAGACUGCUUAAGGAGUGUGAGUGUCGUGUUUCUUGGGGGUUUGUUAGUAUUGGAAGCGAGCGACCUAGAGAGCGUGAGAGAGAGAGAGGGAGAGGGAGGGAGCGCGGCGGGGUGGUGAAUGAGGAGUCUAUCGAGUUAUUCACGCGAAGCUGAGUGUCGCAUAUCAACCGGUGGCCUCCCCGACGCAAUCGUCGCGACACGCCCUUGCUUCAUCGCCACCUCCAUACUUUCUUUCAUGGUCUCUCAUCACGAGCUUGUCGAGCACAAUACCAUAAAGACGAAACAGAAGAGGACGCAAGGUCGAAUUUUGAGUUCCUUGAUUUGACAGGGGACGUAAUCCGAUGUUGACUAUUUUGAUCUCUACGCACAGGAUCGUGCAUCACAAUUGGUAGUCCCACGAUGCCGGGACUUCGGAGACAGACAAGCGUCGAUUUGUACACGAACUCUAUUCACCAUACCGGCAUACAAACCCCUGCCACGGAGCAUCAAUACUUAUGGGGCCGCAAGAAUUCAGUCAUGUUUCGGAAUCCGAUCAACACCCGGCAAGCAGUGCCGCGCCCACCUCAGUGGUUGACACAGGGGUACAAUUAUCUUGGUGUCAAGCCUGUGAGUACAGUCGUGUCCGCAGCUCCCGCAGUGUCAGCAUGUUACGGCAGCAGUGAGAGUGACGACCUCCAGGCAAUGGUGCACGAUUUCAUUGAGAACGAUCCUUUGGACCCUAGUGGCGGAAUAAUAAACGAUGGGCCAAUCCCUGGCAAGAAGCUCAGUGACGCAUUACAGAUGCGGGUUUCCCAAAACAGCGCUCUGGAACGAGAAUUCUUGACGGAAGUGAAACUGCUCCUACUCUCCAUUAACGCAGAUUCGAACCUUGUAUGUAAGCCUGAGGGCUCUGAUUGCAAGGGAGGAUGCGUGAAGCGGUUUAUCGUCAAGCAUCUCAAGGUUGCCGGUUACGAUGCUGCUGUGUGCAAGUCCAAGUGGCUAAGCUCCGGCCGUGUCCCUGGAGGUGAGUACGAGUACAUCGACGUGGUCUUUGAUGAUGACUCGGUGGAGGAACGGCUCAUUGUGGACGUAGACUUCCAAGCCCAGUUCGAGAUUGCAAGACCCACCCAGCAAUACGAAGCUGCUUUGAAGGUCCUCCCUGUCGUUUACGUAGGCUCCGCCUCCAGGCUUCAACGUAUUUUGGAAAUCAUGUCUGAGGCCGCAAAAGAAUCCUUGAAGCAGAGUGACAUGCAUCUUCCACCCUGGCGCACGCUCGAUUACAUGAGCUCGAAGUGGCUGUCAACUUUUGAAAGGAAGGUUGAUCCAGCCUCACCCACCUUAACGCCCCGCAGCUAUCGCUGGCAGGAAAACAAUACGCUCUUCCCAGUAGCUAAGCAGUGUGGCGAGCAAUUGAGGCUCACAAAGAGCUCACUCAUCGCGGAAAUGAAAUCCCCUGGAGUCGUCGGUAAGCUCAUUCGUACACGGAGCUCGCAUGCGAACCUGCUGAACCGAACUGCCCUGUAAAUAACUCGGUCGAUUGCGCACGAUUGCAUCAAACCUUCAUCCUGGAGUUUUUCGUUCGAAGCAGUGUUUUGCCAAGCUCUCUAGUCUUUUCGUUUUUCUUCUAAACAUGAGGAAACAAAAUUUUGAUAUCCCUUUCUGCAGUCUACAAUUUGAUUUAGAGCUGUAGAAUUCCGUUUCGGAAAUUUAGGAUUGUGAUAGUCCUAGCUGGAGCAGCCCUGCGGUUAUGUUGGUUAAAUACAGAGAUUUGUAGAGAAAGGAUGCUAUUAGCAGCUGGACUGCAACGUGUCACUGGCUAGCCACGAAACCUACGAGUCUUGCUGAAUGACCUCGAAGAGUUUUGAUAGGAUUCAACUCACUACUGGAAACAUCAAGUUGAACAGUCUCUUUGAAAAGAUUUGACAGAUUGCCAAGGUUUAUCUCGCAGUUGCCUGGUUAGAGGCUGUUCCCAUAGUCCUGCAGGCAUCUGUUUUUAUUUUUUAUUUUUUAUUAUUUUUACACUAGGAAAGACUCAUGUAUAGACAAUAAUUAGGUUAUCUUUACUUAGGACCUCCUCAUGGAGAUGAGAAAACUCAGUGAUAUUCACAAAUUCCGACUCUUUUUUAAUAAAUUGCUGUGCGCCAUCAAAGACGACUGGUUGCUUGCUUUCAAGUA